GAAAUCGACCCCAGAGAAGGUUUACCGACCAAACGCAUCUCUCAGGGCUUUUAACUAAUUAAGGCAACAAUCCUUUCUUCUCCUCUUCCUGAGGGCUGCUUCGAGGUAGGGAAGGUUGUCUGUGUUCUUCGAAGUUGAUCACUAUCGAGAGGAAUGGCGAGUAGAAAGCUGAUUCGAGAUUUACUCAUCACAAAGCAGCCUCUAUUCCUCCAACGGAGAGUGGGCGCAAGGCUAGGGUUUAUGCCAGCCAAUGGGUUUCAUCGCCAGUUUAGUGUUUUCAGCGACUUGUCCAAGAAAAUUAGAGGGGAAGCUGAAAGCAAUCCUGAAUUUCAAAGAACAGUGAAGGAGCUUCAAGAAAAGGCACAAGAGCUUAACGGUGUCAAAGAGGACCUCAAAGUUAGAACAAAAGAAAAGACUGAGCAGCUCUACAAGCAAGUUGAUGGUGUCUGGUCUGAGGCUCAAUCUGUCGCCAAAAUGGUGUCUUCAAGUGUGAAAGACAAGUUCUCCGCAGCCACAGAAGAGGUCAAGGAGUCAUUCAAGCUCGGUAAGGAGGGCACAGGAACCUCUAAAGAGGAAAACCAGCAGCAAUCUGGCACUACUGAGGGAGUUCAAAAUACAUUAUUUGAAAAAUUCAAGUCAAGCAUGUCUUCUCCCCUUGACUUAGCGAGGAAGGGACUUGACAUUGUGAAGGAUGAAUUGCGAGGAGGCUCGUCUAGAAAAAAGCACCUGGAAUACACACCUCCCCCGCCAUUUACUGGUGUGAGAAGUACAAGAACGGAUCUGGUGGUCACUCCAACAAAACAGUCCAAGUUGCAACAAAAGUGGGAUUCCUUAAGAGAAAAGAUGCAAGCUCAUCCUGCUUUUAAACGUCUAAGUGGGAUGAGUGAGCCUGUUGUCAACAAGACCCAAGAGAUUGCAGAAGAUGUUGUGGAAAGAUGGGAAACCAGUGACAACCCCAUUGUUCACAAAAUUCAGGACUUAAAUGAGGCAGUGUUUAACGAGACAGAUUGUGGAUCAACUUACAAAGAGAUACGCCGCCGAGAUCCAUCCUUCUCCUUGCCGGACUUUGCUGCAGAAGUUCAUGAAGCCAUCAGACCAGUCCUGAGUGCAUAUAGCAAGGGAGAUGCUGAGGCUUUGAACAAGUAUUGCAGCACGGAAGUGAUUGAACGGUGCACGGCAGAGCGCGCAGCUUUAAAAAGCCAUGGUCUUUUUUUCGAUCACAAGAUUCUACAUAUAUCGGAAGUAGAAGUCGAAGAGACAAAGAUGAUGGGAACUACCCCCAUAAUCAUCGUCAGGUUCCAAACGCAAGAAAUCUUCUGUGUUCGUGACAAGAAUGGCAAAAUCAAAGAAGGAGGCCAGGACACGAUACACUCGGUGUACUACAAGUGGGCAAUGCAACAAGUGGAGGCAGGGGAAGAAUCUAUGUAUCCUAUUUGGAGGCUCAGGGAUGUACAUAAACUUGGUGCUGCUCAAGCUCUCAUUUAAAAUUUUGGUUUUAUCUACUUUAAAAAAAAAAAAAAAAA